GGGCAUCUCUCCCAAGGGCUGUGGACUGCUGGCUUUCUGUUGAUACCUUAGAGAUGCAGCGGCUUUUGGCUCCAGCGAGGCGGGUCCUGCAAGUGAAGAGAGCGAUGCAGGAAACUUCGCUCACACCUGCUCACCUGCUCUCAGCAGCCCAGCAGAGGUUUUCUACAAUCCCUCCUGCUCCCCUGGCCAAAACAGAUACAUGGCCAAAAGAUGUGGGCAUCCUUGCCCUGGAGGUCUAUUUUCCAGCCCAAUAUGUGGACCAAACUGACCUGGAAAAGUUCAACAAUGUGGAAGCAGGGAAGUAUACAGUGGGCUUGGGCCAGACCCGUAUGGGCUUCUGUUCAGUCCAGGAGGACAUCAACUCCCUGUGCCUGACAGUGGUACAGAGGCUGAUGGAACGCACAAAGCUGCCGUGGGAUGCUGUGGGCCGUCUGGAAGUGGGCACCGAGACCAUCAUUGACAAGUCCAAGGCUGUCAAAACAGUGCUCAUGGAACUGUUCCAGGAUUCAGGCAACACUGACAUCGAGGGCAUAGAUACCACCAACGCCUGUUAUGGCGGCACAGCCUCCCUCUUCAAUGCUGCCAACUGGAUGGAGUCCAGCUACUGGGAUGGUCGCUAUGCCCUGGUGGUCUGUGGUGACAUUGCAGUCUACCCGAGUGGUAACGCCCGCCCCACAGGUGGUGCUGGGGCUGUGGCAAUGCUGAUCGGGCCCAAGGCCCCUCUGGUCCUCGAGCAAGGGCUGAGGGGAACUCACAUGGAGAACGCGUACGACUUCUACAAACCAAACUUGGCCUCAGAGUAUCCACUGGUGGAUGGGAAGCUGUCUAUCCAGUGCUACCUGCGGGCCUUGGAUCGAUGCUAUGCAGCCUACCGCAAGAAGAUCCAGAAUCAGUGGAAGCAAGCUGGAAACAACCAGCCUUUCACCCUCGAUGAUGUGCAGUAUAUGAUCUUCCACACACCCUUUUGCAAGAUGGUCCAGAAAUCCCUGGCUCGGUUGAUGUUCAAUGACUUCCUGUCAUCCAGCAGUGACAAACAGAACAACUUAUACAAGGGCCUAGAGGCCUUCAGGGGUCUAAAGCUGGAAGAAACCUACACCAACAAGGAUGUAGACAAGGCUCUUUUGAAGGCCUCCCUGGACAUGUUCAACCAGAAGACCAAGGCCUCCCUUUACCUCUCCACAAAUAAUGGGAACAUGUACACCUCUUCCCUCUAUGGCUGCCUGGCCUCACUUCUCUCUCACCACUCUGCCCAAGAAUUGGCUGGCUCCAGGAUUGGAGCCUUCUCCUACGGCUCAGGCUUAGCAGCAAGUUUCUUUUCAUUCCGAGUGUCCAAGGAUGCUUCCCCAGGUUCCCCCCUGGAGAAACUGGUGUCUAGUGUGUCAGAUCUGCCCAAACGUCUAGACUCCCGGAGACGCAUGUCCCCUGAGGAAUUCACAGAAAUAAUGAACCAGAGAGAGCAAUUUUACCACAAGGUGAACUUCUCUCCACCUGGAGACACAAGCAAUCUCUUCCCAGGUACUUGGUACCUUGAACGAGUGGAUGAGAUGCAUCGCAGGAAGUAUGCCCGGUGUCCCGUCUAAUGGAGAUCCAUGCAACAAUUCCCCGGGGAAAGAAGGUGAGCCGAGCUGCUACCCAAACAGCAUCUGCUUAAAAUCCCACCCACAGCAGUAAAUAGGGACUAGACACAGCAGCCUCAUAGGAUCUGCUCUGUGGUGAACGGCCUCCCUCUGUGAAUCCUGGGUGUCUCUCCCUGACACAAUCAGCGCCACAGGCUCAUGCUGCUGUGGACCAGAGCUCCCCUGUGAAGAGGGAGAUGAAAGAAAGGGGAGCCGCUGACCUGCAGGGAUGCAGAUCUUUCCCCACAGCCCGGCAGAGCAGCCAUUUGUUACAGCUUAUUCUCAGACUCUGGGCUAUUAUAGUUUAUGCUUGUUUCUUAAAGUUUCUAAAUUUUGUAUCUUGUUCUAAAAUAAUAUGUGGCAAUUAAAAAGAGAGAAGAAAUUACUUGUAUUUUCUAGAAGGCAAGACCUACUUACUCAGAGGACUGAACACUUACGUCACCACCCCAUUAAUUAAUUCUCCACAAGUCUGGCCAGUUCUGCAAAGGAGUGUGGCAGAUACAAGGCAAAUAAAGACAGUGGCACAGAACACCCACUGCUUACUUCUCUGUCCUACAGACACCAUAUCCAGAUGGAGCCAGCAGGUACUCAGUAGAUAACUCCCCUUGACAUAGGUGGCCAGUAUUAGUUACCGAGACUAAAGGCAAAGCAAAAUCCAUAAGGUUGGCCAGGCAUGAUCAUGCAGAACUGAAAUCUCAGCACUUGGGAAGCCGAGGCAGGGCUGAGUUCAAGGCUGAUACAUGUGAACUUGGUCUACAGAGCAAGUUCCAGGACAUCCAAGGCUAUAAAGAGAAACAGUCUUGAAAAGCAACAACAACAACAGAAACAAACUCAAAAGGAUGACGCAGAAGUAGAAUCCUCUCUUCUUUGGGUAAAGAGAACACAGAGUCCUCAUAAAACAGCAAUGUUUUAGGAAUGUGAGCAUUGGGCACAAGCAAAGGGGAGAAAAGAGGGCAGGGGAGGGAUAGGAAGGACAAGGGGUUCUAGUCUUCCAUUGUCUUUUAGAAAAAGCUCUGGACAGAGGUUCUGUUGAACCUUGAGGGAAGCCAGCUGGCCGAGGAGCCUCAAACACACACAUGAAAUGCGGUGACGGCCAUGUCCCACCACCAGCAGUAAAGCCGGGCGAGGCCCAGGCUGAGCAGCUAAUCCAGCCCUAGCCCCUCCUCAGCCCCUCCAUGCACAUGAGACCCUCGAUCUUUCCAGAACUUCUUGCAGGACCGUGCUCCCUUCUUAGGUCACUGCAGCCAUGUCUGUCUACACGAAAGAGAAGCCAGUGUCCCCCUGGUUCAAGACAGGGACACAGAACCCACGAAGAGCUCUCUGCAGGGUCUUGACAGCCCCCCCUUUCUGUGUCCCAUUGUUGGGCCCUGGUAUUCCUCUACCAGAAGUCACAUGGAUUCAACUAGGGGAUGAUCUCAAAGUAACACUGUGGAACUGGGAAGAUGGCCCAGGGAGUUAAGGCACCUGCUACUAACCUUGACAACCUGAGUUCCAUCCCUGGGACCCCCAUGGUAAAGAGAUAACCCAUUCCUGAAAGUGUCCUCUUGUUACCAAACUUGGGGUCACUGUUUCUACUAUAAGAAAUCAAGUUCAGCCACCUGUCCCCAAGAAGCCACCUGUGCACUUUGGCAUGAAUGUGUUCUAUCCCUCAAUAAAAUGCAUUUCAAAAUUGUGUCAA